CCGAUGCCCCGCUUUGGGAGCUGCAGAGCAGGGCCACGGACGCCCGAGCCCCCGCCGACGUGACGGAGACACGCAAGAUGUAACUCCUGGGUUCUUCUCACUUGACAAAAAGCCUCAGUCAAAUCCCCAGACAACACAAGAAGAAAAGGGAAUAACAUCUGUUUAUCUGCAUAUUUCUAUGUUCAAAAAACAAAAGGAAAAAACACAGAGAUCGACAGAGGACAAAAAACAUCUCAGAGGAUGCAGAAUUAAAAAGAACAAAUUGCCACUUGAGGACCAAAGGGAAAAUAAACCUUUUCUCGCAAAUCCACCAGCGUGGAGUCACCUCACCUGUACCUUCGGAUUAAAGAGCAAGGUCAUGUCCCAGUUGCCAUGCGCAUCGCCACGCUGACCUGCCUUUCCGGCCCUUCCCCCUUCCUCUUUCUAUUGGCCCAGCUGCUACUGCGGCUCCUCCUCCCCGGGCCGGAGUUGGUGGGAGCCACCUCCUCCUGCCCCUCCCUCUGCACCUGCUCCAACCAGGCCAGCCGAGUCAUCUGCACCAGGCAAAACUUGGAGGAGGUGCCCGAAAGCAUAUCAGUCAACACGCGAUACCUCAACCUGCAGGAGAACUCCAUACAGGUUAUCAAGUCAGACACUUUCAAGCACUUGAGGCACCUUGAGAUCCUCCAGCUCUCCAAGAAUCAGAUCCGUCAGAUUGAAGUAGGCGCAUUUAAUGGCCUCCCCAACCUCAACACACUGGAGCUGUUCGACAACCGCCUCACGCUGGUGCCAUCACAUGCCUUUGAGUACCUCAGCAAGCUACGAGAGCUGUGGCUGCGCAACAACCCCAUUGAGACUCUGCCGGGCUAUGCCUUCCACCGUGUGCCCUCGCUACGUCGUCUGGAUCUGGGUGAGCUCAAGAAGUUGGAUUUCAUCUCUGAUGCAGCCUUUGUGGGCCUGGUCAAUCUACGAUACCUGAACCUGGGCAUGUGUGGGCUGAAAGACAUUCCCAAACUGACAGCUCUUGUGCGUUUGGAGGAGCUGGAGCUGUCAGGAAACCGGCUGGAGAUCAUCCGACCUGGUUCCUUUCAGGGCCUGGUGUCUCUCCGCAAGCUGUGGCUCAUGCACUCACAGGUGUCCGUCAUUGAGCGCAAUGCCUUUGAUGACCUGAAAAACCUUGAAGAGCUCAACCUGUCCCAUAAUUCCCUGCACUCCUUGCCCCAUGACCUCUUCACACCCCUUCACCAGCUGGAGAGGGUACACCUUAACCACAACCCCUGGAUCUGCAACUGUGAUGUGCUUUGGCUGAGCUGGUGGUUGAAAGAGACGGUGCCCAGCAACACCACCUGCUGUGCCCGCUGCCAUGCUCCCCCAUUCUUAAAGGGCAAAUAUAUUGGAGAGCUUGACCAGAGCCACUUCACCUGCUAUGCGCCUGUCAUUGUCGAGCCACCUACCGACCUCAAUGUCACUGAGGGUAUGGCUGCUGAGCUCAAGUGUCGCACAAGCACCUCCACAACAUCUGUCAACUGGAUCACCCCUAAUGGCACUUUAAUGACCCAUGGCUCUUACCGGGUGCGGAUAUCUGUCCUGCAUGAUGGCACACUCAACUUCACGAAUGUCACUCUGCGUGACACUGGCCAGUACACCUGCAUGGUCACCAAUGCUGCUGGCAAUACCACAGCAACUGCUGUCCUCAAUGUCACUGCUGCUGAUGCCAGUGUCAACUACACCUACUUUACAACAGUUACUGUGGAAACAGUGGAGAACCCAGGAGAGUCUGCAUUGGUAGACAUCAAUGAGACCUUCAUCCGUGUUCACCCAGGCCCCACUCCCUCGGGCCACCUGUGGCCAGAAGGUCUUCCUACCACAGCCUCCUCUCUGUCAGCUGGCUGGUCCUCCUCGUCUCCUCGGGCCACCCGACCCACCUUCACUGUGCCCAUCACUGAGCCAGGCUUCUCAGGCCUGGAUGAUGUGAUGAAGACCACCAAGAUCAUCAUUGGCUGCUUCGUAGCCAUUACCUUUAUGGCAGCGGUGAUGCUGGUGGUCUUCUACAAGCUGAGGAAGCAGCAUCAGUUGCAUAAACACCACGGCCCUGCUCGUGCCAUUGAGAUCAUCAAUGUUGAGGAUGAGCUGGGGGCCGGAGCUAGUGGUCGGGGCAGCGGCAUCUCAGGAGGCUCCACCAUGACGCAGAGCGGAAGCAGUGGGAUAGGAGGAGGCCAGAGCCUCAGACUGCACCACCCAGAGAUGGUCAACUUGCCUAACCUGGCUCGAUCGGAGCACCUCAACCACUACUACAAAACCCAUCACUUCAACAACAACAUGAUGGGCCUGGGCAUGGGCACAGGUUCUGGUGUGGGCCUCAACAACAACAACAACCCCUCGCCUUGCUCUCAGUCUCAAAACACGUCCAUAUCCUGUUCCCAGAUUCCAACCUCCAACAGUGGAGGAACGCCCACAGGUGGCACCCUGCCCUCCCCUGUGCCCCUGCCCCAGUUGGGUCUCCACAAUUCUCUGAAAGGCCUUAUGGGGAAAAGCCAGAAUGAGCCCCUGCUAUUUAAGAGUGGCUCCAAGGAAAAUGUGCAAGAGACUCAAAUUUGAGUAAAAGUAAGGGUGGAAGUAAGGUAAGAAAGAAGAGAUGCUGGAUAAAGACAGUGAGACAGAAAGAGCCUGUGAGACCGAGUAUAUGAGACUGAUUGUAGCCUACUGUCCUCAUGGACAGAUUCCAGAAAAGAUUAUAUGUCACUGCUUUGUGUUGUCAGUCUGUUGACAGAAAAAAGCAGAUAGAAAGACUGAAGGAGACAGAGUAUAAUAUCUGAUUAGCUCUAGUCCCACCAAUAGCAUCUGCACAUACUGUUCAACUAAUUUAGACACAAACAUAUAUGAUGUAAACUGCAAACACCAGAAUCAUUCAGUUAUUUGUGCAACCUGCUAUAGUCUUUGCCAAAGUCCAAGAUCAAGCCAACUCUUUUCGUUUGUGUCCACAGUCACAGUGGAAAGCUAUGAAUAAUACACAUGUGCAAUGAGCCUCUCCAGGUUUUAUACAGAUUGCUUAGUAUAUUUCCAGACACAUUCAGUGUAUAUAUUUGGAGGGAGACAUAACAUUGGACAUUGAACAUGUUGUCAGAUUAGUGUUUGGCAGAGACACUGAAAAUCAAACAAUGGUUUGGGUGAGUGGUAUGGUCCCAGGCUUCCAGGAAGCAUUAAAACAAAACAGAGAAAGCAAAAUUAGAGCAGUGCAGCGAUUCUGUCCAGGACACCAGUAUCAGACUAGUACUUUGCAGGGAGACAGUACAACAAUUGUUUGUUCAGAGUGGUUUCACUCUCACUUUCUCACUUUCCCUUUUACACCUUACUGGCUACUGUCUUCUUUG